AAUAACUUCCGGUGUGGACCGGAAACGCUGUAGAGAGCUGCUACCGCGGAGGCCCACGGGCAGGUGCUGUGUUUAUCGCCAUGGGCAAAAGAGACCGGGGAGACCGAGAUAAGAAGAAGUCUAAGAAGCGGCACUACGAGGAUGAGGAAGAUGAUGAAGAAGACGCCCCUGGGAACGACUCUCAGGAAGCGGUUCCAUCGGCGGCCGGGAAACAGGUUGAUGAGUCUGGCACCAAAGUGGAUGAGUAUGGAGCCAAGGACUACCGGCUGCAGAUGCCGCUGAAGGACGACCACGCCUCCAGGCCCCUCUGGGUGGCUCCUGAUGGGCACAUCUUCUUAGAAGCCUUUUCUCCAGUUUACAAAUAUGCCCAAGACUUCCUGGUGGCCAUUGCAGAGCCGGUGUGCCGACCUACCCAUGUGCACGAGUACAAGCUGACUGCCUACUCGCUGUAUGCGGCCGUCAGCGUGGGUCUGCAAACCAGUGACAUUACUGAGUACCUCAGGAAGCUCAGCAAGACGGGCGUCCCCGAGGGGAUCAUUCAGUUUAUUAAGUUGUGUACUGUCAGCUAUGGAAAAGUCAAGCUGGUCUUGAAGCACAACAGGUACUUCGUUGAAAGCUCUCACCCUGAUGUCAUCCAGCAUCUUCUACAGGACCCGGUCAUCCGAGAAUGCCGCCUGAGGAACUCCGAGGGGGAGGCCACCGAGCUCAUCACAGAGACCUUCACGAGCAAGUCAGCUAUUGCUAAGACUGCUGAGGGCAGUGGUGGGCCCUCUACCUCCCGGGUGACAGAUCCACAGGGUAAAUCAGAUAUCCCUACGGACCUGUUUGACUUUUACGAGCAAAUGGACAAGGAUGAGGAGGAGGAAGAAGAGACACAGACAGUAUCUUUUGAAGUCAAACAGGAAAUGAUUGAGGAACUCCAGAAACGUUGCAUCCAUCUGGAGUACCCUCUGUUGGCAGAAUAUGACUUCCGGAAUGACACUGUCAACCCUGAUAUCAACAUUGACCUGAAACCCACCGCUGUGCUUAGACCUUACCAGGAGAAGAGCUUGCGGAAGAUGUUUGGGAAUGGCCGUGCCCGUUCAGGGGUCAUUGUUCUGCCCUGUGGCGCUGGGAAAUCCCUGGUUGGAGUGACAGCUGCGUGCACUGUCAGAAAACGCUGUCUGGUCCUGGGCAACUCAGCUGUAUCUGUGGAGCAGUGGAAAGCCCAGUUCAAGAUGUGGUCCACCAUUGAUGACAGCCAGAUCUGCCGCUUCACCUCCGAUGCCAAGGACAAGCCCAUAGGCUGUUCCAUCGCCAUCAGCACUUACUCCAUGCUGGGCCACACCACCAAAAGGUCCUGGGAGGCUGAGCGGGUGAUGGAAUGGCUGAAGACUCAAGAGUGGGGCCUCAUGAUCCUGGAUGAAGUCCACACCAUACCUGCCAAGAUGUUCCGACGAGUGCUCACCAUCGUGCAGGCCCACUGCAAACUGGGUUUGACUGCAACCCUUGUCCGGGAAGAUGACAAGAUCGUCGACUUGAACUUUCUGAUCGGGCCCAAGCUCUAUGAGGCCAACUGGAUGGAGCUGCAGAACAACGGCUACAUCGCCAAGGUCCAGUGUGCCGAGGUUUGGUGCCCGAUGUCUCCUGAGUUUUACCGGGAAUAUGUGGCAAUCAAAACCAAGAAACGAAUCUUGCUGUACACCAUGAACCCCAACAAAUUCAGAGCGUGCCAGUUUCUGAUCAAGUUUCAUGAGAGGAGGAACGACAAGAUUAUUGUCUUUGCUGACAAUGUGUUUGCUCUGAAGGAAUAUGCCAUUCGACUGAACAAGCCCUACAUCUAUGGUCCUACAUCCCAGGGAGAAAGGAUGCAGAUUCUCCAGAAUUUCAAGCACAACCCCAAAAUCAACACCAUCUUCAUAUCCAAGGUGGGUGACACAUCAUUUGAUCUGCCAGAGGCAAAUGUCCUCAUUCAGAUCUCGUCUCAUGGUGGCUCCCGGCGGCAAGAGGCCCAGAGGCUUGGGCGGGUGCUCCGGGCAAAGAAAGGGAUGGUUGCAGAGGAGUACAAUGCCUUCUUCUACUCGCUGGUCUCCCAGGACACACAGGAGAUGGCUUACUCAACCAAGCGCCAGAGGUUCUUGGUAGAUCAAGGUUACAGCUUUAAGGUGAUCACAAAGCUUGCAGGCAUGGAGGAGGAGGAGUUGGCAUUCUCGACAAAAGAGGAGCAGCAGCAGCUCUUACAGAAGGUGCUGGCAGCCACUGACCUGGAUGCUGAGGAGGAAGUGGUGGCAGGGGAAUUUGGCUCCAGAUCCAGCCAGGUUUCUCGGCGCUUUGGCACCAUGAGUUCCAUGUCUGGGGCCGAUGACACGGUGUACAUGGAGUACCACUCAGCCCGGAGCAAGGCAGCCACCAAGCACGUGCACCCGCUUUUCAAGCGCUUCAGGAAGUGACGCCCACAGGGUCAUGUGCUAGACGUUCGGCUCUGUCAGUAGCAUCAGCUAACCAGUCUAGACUCAGUAUCUAUGGACUGUUGAAGAAAAUGCAUCAAGAGCUUGAGUCUGUCUUCACGGGUCAUCUAGAUUUAAAAGUGGAAGUUGGUGGGACUAUAUAUAUAUAUAUUUUUUUUUGGGGGUUUUUUUAAGACUACUUUUCAAAAUUGUUGGGGAGGUCAUUCCUGUAUAUAAAAAUUUGUAAUACUUAAGUGUAUUUUUCUUGAUGUUCUCCUGAAUAAACAGCAGUCGGACAUUUAACCAACCUCCAUAUGGAUGUCCUUCUGCCUUGUCACAGGGUGCUAGAGGACGGCAUCAAGGUCCUGUUUGGCGCAGGCCCAGAGGAGGAGGAUGGGCCAUCUGUGGGGAGCAGAGAGAGGAGAAGAGACUUGCCUUCAGGUGUGAAAUGUUGCCAGGCCCUGGGGAACUGGGCGGCUGAGUGGCUGGGUGGGGUGAGCAAGGAGCUCAGCAGUUUGCAGUGCUGUCUGGAGGGCUCGGUGGAAGGUACCCACAACUGCAGGUCCCCUCAGUGACCUGAAGGCAUCACCUUCUUAGGGAGCCACAGUGCACAAGCUCCUGGGGGUUGAUCUUCUGAGAGACAACGAUCUCUUAUUUCUUUCCCAAGAACAUUGUUGAUGUUGCUGGGAGGCCAGCGUCCUCUUCCAGCAGCAAUUUAGUACCCUUGGAUUUUGACAGUUGGCUCCUUUAUUCUGAAAGAUGUCUGGGAUUUUUUUCUCUUGUUCCUGGUAUGAAAGAAAAGUGGUUACAGAAAAGACAUACAAGGCAAGUGCCAAGGAGUCGUAGGUCACAGAGAGGCACCUGUUAUUUUCAGGAGACAGAGGCCCCUGACCCUGGAGCCACUCAUGCCUGCAGCUCAACAGCAGCAUUCCAGGUCAGUCCAGGUUAGCAGUGCCACUCUCGAGGCUGCCACCCACCAGUGGGCAGAGGACCAUGUUCAUUUUGUCCAGAUGUUUUAGGGCAAGAGCCUCCUUCCAUGAAUUCCCCUUCCCUGAGCUGGCCUUUUGGGGAUGUGCACUGUCACAGUCUAGCCAGCAGUUGGUGCUGCUGUCUCGCAGACCCUGGAAGUGGUCCUGGGCAGCCAGACCCAAGGCCUGUGCUUGGACACAUCCGUGCUGCAGUCUCCUGCAGACCUGCCCGUCACCCACCCAGGGUGGCAUCUGGAUGUUUCAAACUUGAUAGAACCAUUAUUAUUUCCAGAUCUGUAUACUGUCAGAGCUUUGUAAUACUCAAGCAAUACCAAACACUUGCUGUAUUUUCAUGUCUGUCCUUCUGCUCACUGUUUUCUUGUUCUCUACCUGUCUAUGGAUAGUGGCUAAAUUUUACCCAAGCCUGUUGGUCCUGGAAAGCAGGGUCUGUUAGAGAAAUCCCUCAUCUUUUGUGUUCUGGAAAGUGCUUACUGCAAAGACCCACCUUUCCCCACAUGUUAGGGAGGACUCACAGGCACCCUUCUUGUUGGCCAGUGACAAGCCAGAUACAGCCCUUCCAAACUCCCUCUCUUUGCCUCACACAAGUAGCCCAAUGGCUUGUCCCCAUGGAUCAGUUACAAAAUGUUUGUUAACGAAAUCCUGGUGAAGACUGUCUCCUUCUACAGACCCUACGAUCUUGGCCCACCCACAGCUGGCAGCCCCCUGAGAACAGGCAGGGGCAGAGUCAGACCCUGUCUGAUGCACCGUCCGACCAGGCCACUCCCAUUCGCCCAGUCCUCAGGUCCUCCUGGUUUCCUCCUCCCCAUGAAAGGAAGACUUUUCUCUGUCCUCCUGGUGUAACAGUGCCCCCCUUUGCAGUAUCCCUUUCAAAUAAAGUCUCCUUACUAA